UCCGUGCUUGCUUUGUCAGAGACGACGCGGAGAUGCUUGGGCGGACGAGUCAGCCCAGGACCUGAUUUCACAGACAUAUGUGAAGCUGUGAAGCGGAGAGCCAUGCAGAGUCAGACUCAGGCGCACACUGAAUCAAAUCCUGCGACCACAUCAACCUCAGAGCAACAAUUGAACACUGCGGCUCAGCCUCAGCAGAGUGAAUCAGAUGCACAAAGCCAGGAGAACAAAUCAGCUGAGACAGAAACAUCAGUGAUACAGGAGAAAUGUCAGACAGGAGAGCAAAAUGCAGAAAUACCUGCAAAUAUGGAUGCCACAGAACAAAUGGAGAGUCAGCCUGGAGUACAGUCACAGACAGAGUCCUGCGAAAACACUGGAAAGAUGGACGGGGACUCUACUGCAAUGCCAAGUGCCCCAACAGAACUGACACAUGAAACCAAUACAAAUCCUUCAAGUAAUGGACAAAAAGGAAAGAAGCAAGAUAAAGGUGUAAGUGAUGGCCGGAAGUAUGUUCCUUCCAAGAAAGCCAUGAUAGAUCCGCUGAAGAUGGAUAUGUCCAAACCGCUGGUUAUACCUCUCACAUCAUCUCAGCUCUCCCUGCAGUGCAUAGAAUGCCAUAUAAUCUUCAGUGAUCACAAGAGCAAAGAGCGCCAUCUGAAGCUGAGCCAUCCAGCAGAAUAUGAGCAAUGCAUACUGAGGAAUGCCCUUUUUACCUGUUACGUUUGUGACCGCCACUUUACAAACUCCACAGAGCUCAUGGCCCACCAGAAAGCCCACAUAGAAAAAAAACCCUUCAAGUGUCCAAUCUGUGGUCUGGCCUACAAGAAGUCAUCAGAGCUUACCGUUCAUAAAAAAAUUCAUUUUGGCCAGGAUGGUUAUGCCUGCACUGACUGUGGCAAAACCUGCAAAACGCUGACGUUGUUGAGGUAUCACCAGCGCACACACACAGGAGAGAGGCCGUAUGUGUGUAAAGAAUGUGGAAAGAGGUUCACUAUGUCCAAAGCUCUGCAAAAACAUACAGCAGCACACCUGCAAGAGGGAGAGGCUCAAGGUGCUACAGCAAAAAAAGAGCUGAAGAAAAACGAUGGUACUUCUACAACAAGGUAUCCUUGCUCUUUGUGCAAGGCCACUUUCAAGAGUUUGAAGACCCGGCUGCAUCACAUGAAAACUAAGCACAAUAAUGCAGCCAGUAAUGUGCUUCCAGCUGGGCAACUGGUGAAGCAAAGUGCACCCAUUAUAACUCCUAUAUCAAUCUCCCAACCAGCACUAUUACAAGUGGAGCCCAAUGGACCUCUGCAAAAAGUUGACGCCAAUAUUGACACUGAACAGAUUCGUAAACUCAUUGAAUCUUUGGGAAAUGUGCAGAAAGUUAACCAAGUGGUGAUAUUGGGGCAGGUGCCGCCUCAUGCCCCACCAUUGCAAGUGCAGCAGGUAUCGCAGCCGUUGGAACCAGUGAAUUUGAAUUUAACUCCACCACAGAUUGAUUUUAUAGGACUGAAACAGAUGGACUCUAAGGAUGCUGAACUGGACCCUUUAAACAACCAAUGUGAUCCAAUGGAGCAAACAAUUAUACUGGAACCUAUAACUCCAGAUGGACAGCUAGAAAACCCCUCCUUCUCAGGCCUUGGACCACAUGUGGCCCCAGGUGAAAAUAUAGAACUAACACUUGUUGAAGCUGAACAAACAGAGAGACCCGAGGGAGAGGCAAUGCCACUGAUAUUUCAACAACCUGAGAUUAGUGCAGUUCAUUCUGAUCUUAUGGUUUGCCAGAAUGAGGUUGAAAAUCUCAAAGAACAUCUUGAACAAACAGUCAUAUUAGAGCUCACCCCUGCUUUGAUACCAAUUUUGGAGCUGGAACAAUCCCAAACCGAACCACAAAAUGAAAUAGCUCCUUCUUCUCUGGUGCUAAACACUGACCAGGAGACUCCUGCUCAGACUGCAGAUCAGACUGUAAUAGAUGAGCGAGAAACCAGUCUGGCAGUCCCAUCCUUGAUGCCCACAGUUGAGCUGGAGCUGACAUCUUUACACCCAGAGCAACAGGAUCUCUCUUCUUACGCUUUUGCUCCUCAAGAUGCUCUCACACAAGCUCUCAGUGAAUCUGACACUAAUUCCAAAGAAGACAUUGAGUCACAUGUGAAAACAGUUGGCGUAGAUCAGGUGCCUGAGAUGGAUGAAAAGACACAGGGACAGGAUGAACAGCAUCUGCCAGAGAAAUUGCCAAUAGAUGGCAAGAAUAACCCAUCUGAAGUAGAAGAGCCAUCUGCCAAAAAAGAGGGUCAUUCACCUUCACAAUUACAGACUAAACAGGUGCCACAGAAUGAGUUUCCCAUAAGUGUAAUGUCUGCUCAAGAGCUGGUGAAAGUACGCAAAAGAAAGCCGGCCAGGACGUUUAUUUUCCAAGGAUAUAUGCAAGACUUGGUUGGAUCCAUAUACAAGGAUGACUUCCAGAUUAACGCCACGCCUGCCAAACGCCAAAGAGCAAAAAAGUCUCAUUUAGUUGUCAAAUUUGGUCCUCAAAGCAAAGACAAAAAAAACAAGAAACAGAAGAAGCCAGCACAAAAGGGCCAGCCAAUACAAGGUAAAACAUCGGCAAAAAAACUCUCUGAGAAAAAAGUACCAUUACAGAACAAGGGAGGGAAGGGGAAAAAGAACAAGACAAAGGGAAACGUUGUGUCCGGAGCUGACAACAAAUCCCCUUCAACUCAGGCCCCACAGGUGCAACAAAUCAAAGAAGAUAAAGGUAAUAGCAAAAUAAAAAAGCAGAAAGUAGCCAAGGAAGGUGUGGCACACAUUAGUGAGCACAAAUCUUUUGCCUCGCCCAUGUUUAAAAAGAAAAAACAAGCAAAAAUACUCCAGAAGAAUCAACCCAAGAGUGUGAAAGGUGGGAAGGCAAAGAAAAACUUAGCAAGAGAUGAAAAAGUCAAAAAGGCAAAUGCGCCUGGGCCACACAUAACACAAGACUCCCUGCUUCUACUGAAGGGUCAUAAACAGCCACAGCUAAAAGUUUAUAAGUUAGACCCUUCAAAGGCAUCCAGCCAGACACCAGAAGCUUCACCUAAUGAGUCUCAAACAAUAUGUCAUCACAGUACAGCUGAGUCCUUAAAUGAUCUUUCAUUAGACGGUAAAAAGAAAGGAGGAAAAGCCAAGAAGAAUCAGAAAGCUCUUUCCCUGUUGUCGUCACUGAAGGUUUCCCAUCAGCCAUCAGAGACUCUGCCCACCAAGCCAAAGACCACCAGGAAACGGAAAAGCUCCUCAAAAGUGGAGACCGAGGGCGUCAUAACUUCCAAGCGUGCCUUAGAGUGUAAGGACUGUGGGGAGAGAUUUAGUGAAGUGUCAUCCCUUCAAAAGCACAAAACAUCUGCACAUAUUGUGGAGAGUCCGAGUCUCACGUACACCAAUGGCAACAUCUUUGAGGGCGUCUCAAGGUUAGACCUUUACCAGCUUCCAAAAACACAAGAAAAAGUAGUUCAUGCGAUGAAUGCUGCGACAGACUGGGAUAUUGAGCCUGAGACAGGAGAGAUGGCAUUAGAGGACAGAGAGCGAAGCGUCUCCUUUCCAGCUUUGAUUCCAUCUCCAUCUUUACAAAUUCCUCCUCAAGAUGUUGAAAUGAGUUCUUAUGAGGACAAAGAUGGUAGUAAAACAGGAGCAGAUAUUCAAUCUGAUGCCUGUACAGAAGUUCCCUUGCCAUCUGAUGAAGUGAAGAGUACAGAGACUUGCCAAAAUGUCACACCUGAAGCCCCUUCACUGACCUCUACACAGACAAAGAGCUCUGAGACAGGAGGGCCUUUGAUGUCAGAUGAAGACAAGCAAGAGGAGGAUGCCACAAAUACCCCUGGGUCUGAGUCUGAAGUCCAGGGUACCAAAGAUGAGGAUGUUAAGGAAGAUUUGCUUCUAGAGGUAGAUUUAAUCACUGUUGGAGAGCAGAAUGAGAGCGAUGAUCUAGUUUCGAUUGCAGCCACUGUUCCCCAAAACGAAUCAGAUAAAAGCUGCGAUUUUGAGAGUGGAAGCAUAGACAAACACACUGGGCAAGUUAGUGAUGGGACAACUGAAAGAAGUCUAACUUCUCAAACUGUAUCAUGUUCCACUCAUCAAGUGGAGGUCAAAGAAGAGGAGGAAGAAACAGUAGUUCAGAAGAGAAAAGAGGGAGGGAAGGGGGUUGUAAGGAAUGCUCCAAGAAGUAGAAGAAGAGGACCAGUACAUUUAAAAAGAGAUUCAACAUCAAAGAGAAGCUCAGUUCAAGAAGCUCUUCGAGGGGCUGAAUCAGAAAAUGAACAUGAGGAUUGUCAGGUAGUUUAUGAAAAACAUACCCUCUCUUCUGAAAUGACGGACCGUGAAACCAACAAAAAGUCACAGACCAGUCCUGAAUUUGAAGCCAUUAAAUCUCCUGGUACAUCUUUGCCCUCAAUUCCUUCUGCAUUAGAGGAAUCAAAUGGAGAGCCAGUUGUGUUUGAGCUGGAGUCACUCACCACAAGUGUUGAGGAAGUGAUGAAUGAAAGAGGACUGGAGGGAGGAGAGGAAAAUGAUAGAGAGACAGACCAGUCUCCAGGCAUCAUCCUGGAGAGGUUUCUUACCUCUAGGCAAAAUGCAACUACUGACAAGGAGAUGUGUCUGAUCUCAGUGAAGAGCAAUCAGAAACGGUGUUUGGACAGAGUUGCUGAGAAUGAUCAAGGUAUCAGAAUCAAGGUAGAAGAAAGCAGCUCAGAUCCCCUGCUGGUUGCUUCCACUUGUCAAAACAGACAGCGUGAUAUAACAGCACCACAGCACCAUCGAGAUAUAAGGACCAUAUUGGUGAAAGAAGAAAGCAGCUCUAUGCUGAAUGAUGCUCAGGUUGUGCAGCAAGGCAGCAAACGCAUGCAGUGGAAUUUGGAGCCGGUCAGUAAUGAGAACACGGAUAUCCCAUUGAUGGAGUGUGAAGAAACAACAAGAGGCUGUCGUAUCAGCCCAGAGUUCAGUACCAACCAGUGUAUCUUUUACCCUGUGAAGGAGGAGGAGAGGGAGGUCCUGCUGGGGGCUGCUCAGAGCAACACAGGGAGUACAACCCCAGAAGGGCCCAGUGAUGCAAAUCAGAGCGAACCUCAGACUGCAGAUUGUGACACAUGCGAAGGAAGACAUUCUGCUCCAGAUUAUCAGGACACACAAGGUAGAGGUCUGCUGUCAGAACCAGUGGUUGGUGAUUUUGCAGACGGGCAGGCUGCAGCAUCAGACUCUGAGUGGCAGAAUCCAUCGGACCUCAGGGACUUUCUCCUCCGGAGUUCUGAUGAAGAAGACACGAGUGGUUUUGAAUUGUCUGAUCCUCACCUUGACAUGGAAGCAGAAGCACUUGCCUACUUCAACAAGAACCAAACCAGCAGCCCACAACAACCAGAUCAAACAUCACCAAAUGUACCAACCUCAACGAGUUGGCCUCUGGCACCAAGGCAAGAAAACAGGACCAGAAAGCCCAUUGACUACUUCUCCAAAUAUUUUGGUUGGGAUACCUGGGUAGAAAUAGCCACUUGCACAAAUAAACUUUCAAGCAUGCCAAAUCCUGUCACAUGCAAAGAGGUUGCAUGUUUUGUUGGGAUACACAUUGCAAUGGGAACUUUGAAGUUUCCAAGUCCAAGGCUCUACUGGGAGGACUUCACUAAGGUACCCCUCAUUGCUGAAGCCAUUUCUCGAACCCGAUUCCUCGAGCUUUCACGCACGUUGAGGCUAAAUUUUCCCUCGGAAAAUCCAGGCAGUAGUAGUGCUAACAGCCAACAGGAAGGUAAAGCUUGCUCAAGCAGUCAAGGUAUAAUUCCUCAGCAUGACGACGGGCAGUGCCAAGGCAGUAAUGUAAACAGCUCCGCACAGACUGAUCCAUUAUGGAAGGUUCGUCCAUUAUUGAAUCGUUUCAAUGCCGGCUGUCAUUCACUGAAACAGCACAGUGAUUAUGCCAUUGACCAAUACAGUCUUCCGCUCACCGGGAAGAUUUGUGACAACAGGCCAUCUCUCCUCUGCAUUACCUUGAUUGGAUUUGAUGGUCUUCUCUCACAUGUGGAUCUUAAAUUGGAUCUCUCAGACAAAGAAGAUGCCAUAGAAAAAAUGGCCCCUAGAGGCAGUAUGGUGUUCCUUUGCAAACAGGAGCUGUCCACCCCUGCAAUGCUGGAGCGCCUUUUAGUUGCUGGGGUUCAUGGAGCAGGCAGGGUAGGGGGAGCACGAGGACAGAUCGGAGAUGAGUUUGUGAGCUCUGAUGGGAAAUUGAUGUUGCGCAGGUCACACUGCGGCUUCAUACUUUCUACUGCAGGGAAUAGCCAGAGAAACGUAACUAUGCUCAUGGAGAGCUUUGAGACAGCCCAGAUGUCUGCUCGUCUAAACAGAGAUCUACUAAACCUUUACUCUAUCCCCCUCAUGGCCUCUGCACCAACUUGCUGGCCACAAGCAGUGCUCUGGUACCUCAUAGAUGCAGCUUUGGUAAACUCCUGGCUCCUGUACUGUCAAGAUAACAGAGGAAUGUCUGCACCUUUGACUCUCAUGGCCUUCAGACUGGAGGUGUCCAAAGCUUUGAUCCUCUCCAGCGGCUCAGACGCCCAGGACUCCGUUCCCCCUCAGCCACCCUCAGAGGAGGCUCAUGCCACAAGCGAAACUCCCAAUCCCAUUCUGAUGGAGGAGAAUCCUCUGCCGGAUGCAGCAAUGCGGUAUGAUGGUUCAGGCCAUUGGCCAGAGCAACUCACAGAGGGGGAAGGGGGCAGGUGUCGUUUUGGGGACUGUCAGAGAACAUCACGAGUCCUAUGCCUUAAAUGCUGUGUUUUUCUUUGUAUCUCACGCAACCACAACUGCUUUUUAAAUUUUCAUAAUCAAGGGAGUUUGGGAAAAGAGUAAUGUUUUACUGUCUUUACAUUUUGUUAUUUUUAUGUUUUGCUCUCCAAUUUACACCGAUCAGCCACAAUGUUAUGACCAAUUGAACUGCCUAUAAUUGAGUAGAUCUUCUUCAUUCUGCCCAACUGUUCUGAUCAGUAAAGGUUUUGAUGAAGAAUAGCUGAGGGAUCAUGGAGUGGAAAGGGGUGAUUAGCAAAAGAUCUUUUGGGCCUUGUGGGUUGUGGGUGGGCUCUCUGUGGAUUAAUUUUGUUUGCCACAGAUGCCGUAAAGCAAAGUACACACAUAAAGAUAAUCGGGCUGUUUUUGUCCCGAUUUUGCCCCUUCCCGAUAAAGAACAGCAAACACCUGUCUAUCUUAAGUCUUAUAAGAUUAUCCUCAAAGAUAAUCCUGAUAAU